UAGACAGCCGAUCUCUGCUGUGAUCUACUGAGGAGAGACUGAGGAGAUGGCAAUGAUGCUGUUUUUGGCGGCUUUUCUUCCGGUUGUGCUGAUGAAUGAAUGCAAUCAGGAUGAACACGACUGUUCUGACGUCUAUAACUCAGGAGAAACAGUAAGCGAGAUUUACUCCAUCUAUCCAGCAGGCGAUGUUUCUGUCUUGGUUUACUGUGAGAUGAUCUCAGAUGGGAACGGUGAAGACCAAGGAGGAUGGACGGUGAUUCAGAGGAGAAUGGACGGCAGUGUGAAUUUCUAUCGGCCGUGGAAUCAGUACAAGAGAGGAUUUGGGAAUGUGGAGGGUGAAUACUGGCUGGGGCUGGAGAACAUGUACCAGCUGACAUGCAACAGGAGCUAUUUGCUGAGAGUGGAUCUGGAGGACUUUGAUGGAAAUAAAGUUUUUGCUCUGUACUCGUCCUUCUCUGUUGGUCCUGAAGCUGAUGGGUACAGACUACAUGUUUCAGGAUUCACUGAUGGAGGAGCUGGUGACUCUUUAUCUGGCCAUAAUGCAUUCAGGUUCUCCACCUUUGACAUGGACCAAGAUGUCUAUGAAAAUAACUGUGCCAAAAUGUUUCUUGGAGGAUUUUGGUACACAGGCUGUCACAACACAAACCCCAAUGGUGUGUAUUUAUGGGGUGAAGAUCCCACCCAUUACGCUAUUGGAAACAUUUGGUCAUCGUGGAAGGGUUACGCGGCCGGUAUGAAAUCCAUCAGCAUGAGGAUCAAACGUGUGUCUUAGACAUUUAAACAAACA